AUGUCAGGUUCAUCAACAUCACAGGAUCUUCCCAUAACACUCCUGCCGCUCACAUCGCAACAACGUGAUGAGAUCGAUAGAGUCUUACUUCAGGCCAGUGGCCGCAUCCUGAAGAUUAUCAGUGAAGAUAAAGAGGACACCACAUCGGAUCUCUUGGACUACAUGCUUGUCUUGAUCAUGGAAAGAACUCUUUUGGCAUCGCUGGAAACGCAGAAAUGUUUUAAAUACCCCAAGCUAGCGAUACCGUGCGGCCGUCUCAAGUUACAUCUCAGAUCUUACGUUGGCAAGGCUGUGGACGGUUUCUACGAGUACCUGAAAAAUAACAACAUGAAGUUCACGGGUGGCAUGCAUAGGCCAUACUAUGCUAAGUUCUGUUGGAUCGUCCAAAGUUCUGGUACAGGAAAAUCAAGACUAAUGAUCGAGCCGCUCGUCGACAAGAUGAUUCCCAUCUAUUUUGACGAUCCUGCCCUCAGCUCCGAUGAUCUCAAUCGCGUCUCACAAAUGUUUAUUUCCGACAAAACGGGGAAGAAUUACCAUGAGCAUGACUUGGGGUUAGUCACUCGCACGCAUGCCAGUGGUUCGAUCCAGUGCCUAUCGAAUCUUCCCUACAUCGCUCUUCUUCUCGACCUGAAUGUGAAACCGAAGCUUAACGUUACGUUCCCGGAGAAGGAGCCAAAUCACGCCGAAACAGACCGAUGUCUGCGGAUCUACGCAUCCGGAAUAAGCAAAACCACAUUUCCAUUCUCGAGCCAACAUCCCGAGGUCGCGAGCCAGCUGCUGCGUGGGCUUGUCUCUUGGCAGAAGAAAGUACCAUCCCAGACCACUCUUGAAGCCCUGGUCAAAUUUGGGAGUACCGCUAGGCUACGCACUGACUUGCAGUGGGAAUUACAAGAUGCAUGA